AUGUUUGUCAUGUGCAAACUCAACGUCUCGAAGAGCAGAAAGCCCUUUGCCGUGUCCAUAGCUCAAGCAAAUACAACGCAGCUAAAACACAAAUUGUUGGUGAAGUACCCUGAACCGUUUCGUUUCAAUGUCACGGUGUUCUUUAGGUGCAUGAAGUCAAAAAUAUUGUCGAAACUGAAACCAUUCAGUCAUAGGGACCAAACGUUCUGGGAACAUUUUGUUGUCUAUAAUUAUUCUAUAGGUGAUGAAGUAAAGAAUGUUGUCAACUACUAUUUCAGUCAAGGAAUUCUGGAAUUAAACGUCUGGAACCUACCAAAAGUAGAAGUUCAUUAUUUUGGCCAGUUGGCAGCAGUUAAUGACUGUGUGUAUUCAAACAGAGGGAAAUCGAAGUAUGUAAUUGUGAAGGAUCUCGACGAAGUUCUAGUUCCAUACAAAGACAAAAUUCUACCAACUCUCAUCAACAGGAUGAUGGCAAAGGAACCUCUGGCCGGUGCCAUCAUGUUUCGAUCCACAUUUUUCCACAAAGAAUGGUCGGAUGACAUGGAAGGAUUCAAAGAUGCCCAAAGAGCAAAGCAGUCCCAACUGUACGCGCUGCUCAAGACUUGGAGAGAAACAAAGAUCUGGAAUUCAAAGAGAAGAUAAAAAAUGAUAAACCUGCCCAACAGGGUACACAUACAAGGAAUUCACUAUGUUCUGAAGAUGCGAAAAGGGUUUGUGGAGACUGAAGUUGACACUAAGGAAGGCUUGGUCCAUCACUACAGAGAAUGGUCGGCAACUACUGAUAAAAUGAAAGAAACUUUUCUGAGGGUAUUUAGUGAUUUACUCAUAGACAAAUGUAACAGAACGUUCCACUUCAUUCAUCGCAAUAGUGUCAUAAAGCAUGGAUAGAAACAGGAGUUUGGAGCAGCAAAGAUAGACACCAGUUCUGUUACACGUUAAAGCGUCGGCUAUUGAAUAUCAAACAUUUGGUAAUACCGACUCGUAGUCAUCAGAGGAAACCAGCUACAUUUUUCCAUUAGUGGCAAGGGAUCUUUUAUAUGCACUUUCUCACAGAUAGGUGAGCACAUACCACGGCCUUUGAUUGACUGAGCUAAAGCCCGUAUUCGUAAACGUACUCGAGUCAUCAUAUAGUGACGUAUGAUUACGAUGUGAUAUUCAUGCCUAUUACAUCCAGUAUUUGGGACAUUUUGAAGCAGCUACAUGUUAACAAAAUGGACUGACUGCCCAUUGUAUUCUGGUUUCUUUUCAUAAAUAAAAUUGUGGUAUAUUGGCACAUUUCCACAAUAGUUUCCGUAUACUCUUUUCUUGCAUGUCAAUCUUAUAGCCACUUAACGUGUAUGUAUUUUUAUCCUGCAACCACUGUUUCUACUGGUCGAUGGCGAUGAGCGAUUCAAGCAAAUUAUUACCCAUAUGGGCAGAGAGAAGUGGGGCAGAGAGAAGCGGGGAAAGAAAAAUUAUCUAAUAUAUUAAAAUAAAAAUAGCUGUUGAGAAAAAA